AUGUCGAUGUGGACAACUUUAGCCCUGAUUACUCUUCUCAACAGUUUCUUAUCGUCAGGUGAGGAUUUAGCAGGGUCAAUGAACACUAUGAAUCGAAUACCUUUCCAAUGGAAUGAUGUUUAUAACAUACGAAAUAAUCCCUUACUCUUGCAACUGAUUCUUCAAGAACUAAAUUUCAUCACCCUUCCUUAGGAUUCAGAGAACAGAUGGAAUGUAUUAGAUCAAGAAGUGUUUCGAUUGCAGUUCUAAAACAAACUUGAUGGAAGAUUUUUCAUUGCCCCGUGACAAAUUGUGUAACAUCAAAAGUUCUCUCAGAUACCUCUGCAGCUCUCUCAUUCUUUUCUGUGCAAAAGAGUUCAAGUCAUACUCGAGAAGGGAAUUUCCUAUUCUCUGAUAGACUAUAACGGAAAGAGGAACCUAGAUCUGAAGGCUUGGCGCAGGCAUUGUUCUUGUUAACUUUUAUACAACGGAAUCUGAACAACGCUGGCUUCUAGCCAAGUCCAAACACAUCCAUGGAUUUUCCUGUUACGCCUUGUGUAAAAGCGUGGAUCAAUUAUCCAUCCACAUAACGCAAUCAGCUUUAUCUCUCAAAUAACCCUCCAAAUCAUUUCACACUAGUAUUGAAAGGAGGGAGAAGAGGUGGAAGGGAUAAGAGGAAGCGGGCUAUCUUUUGAGUCAAUUCAUUGUCCGCGUGUGUCUAGAUUAACUUUGCUGUGUUUGUUCAUUUGUUCUCAGUCUUGGUGCAUAAUCGCUCGAUAGCGUCGUUGUCAAUCACGUUUUUCCCGUGCAACGGGAAGUCUACUCUGAGUUCUUAUUGUGAUAUUUUCCUUUAGUUUGAUGGAUGGUUGUGACUAAACAGACUAUUCGGUUUGUUGCAGUAUCUGUUGCGGCUCCUGCUAUAGAUGUUUACAUUAGCAGUGAAGGUUGUGACGAUCGGCCAAAGACACCGAACACAUGUGGAAUUGCUUACAUCAAGGUGAACGGUGAGGAUUAUUCUCGUCACGGCAGAGGACAUAAUGUUGUUGUUGUGGACGGAGCAACAGGUGUGUGAACCACGGUUAAUAUUUUACUUCAAAAUUAUUAUUUAUUAUAAGGGAUAGCUCGAUAAAGGUGACUAGCAAAGAGCUCCUCUUGGCUCAGGCAUGAUCUAAGUGGCCCUUUGGAGUUUCUCAGGGAGUUUUAUUAAUUCUUGGAAGAAUUAUGCGUCAAAGAGUGAAUAUUGUCGAAUAAUCCACCAGAAGAUGACUAGGUCAUUAUUCGACCUAAAGAGACCACGAGGGUUUUUCUCAUGUGCUCAAAUUCAUUGAGCCCUAGACGAACAAUGUUCCAAUGUAAUUUAAGAAAUGAAUAUUAUAAAAGAUUCGAUUGGUGUACAAUUGCCGGUUCUCAAACUAGGCAUAUGUUUUUUUUUUGUAUUUUUCUUAUCACUCAGGUGUCAUUCUUGAUUCAAAAGUGUUCGACACGUACGGGAUUAUAUCUGCCGGCAGAAACCUCAGGGACUACCUCAACAACAUUAAAGGAAAGUAUGUAAUUUCAUUUCAGGGCCAAGUUGAUCGAAGACCGAUUAGCAUUAACCCAAGGUUAAAUUGUAAUCUGGGUUUCUUCAUUCUUUUAUUCAAAACUCCUUUUGGAUUAAUUUUCUGUGUCCUUUUUAGGGCAUCAAAUAGUCAUAUUCUAGACAAAAAGAAAUUCGACUGAAUUUUUUUUAAAGCACUCAGAUCGGAAAUCAUAUUUCAUUAACCCUGGGUUAUCUUAACCCAGCUUCUAACAACCCGGCCCUGGUGUUUCGAUGUAGUUUAAAGGGUAACUGACGCCAAAUUUUUCUCCUUUUUUUCCCCAAUACAUUCCUCUUAGGUUAAAGAAUCCUAAAUGAGCAAAUUAACGAUAUAUUGUGCAGAAUCAAAUGCUAUUUUUUGCUGCAUCGUGUUUUAAAGUAAAAGCCGAGAAAUCUUCAGUCGUUCGCCAAAUUCAACAAAGGAAACCUUAAAACUGAUUCAAUCGCGUGUGAAUGUGUAUAAUCCAUAAAUUUCACCUCCACAAGCGUGUGUGUUUAUAUUUUCCGUCCGUAAAACCUUAGCUUCGGAAGGUGCGUGCGUGUAGCAUAAAAACACUUCGUUCUCAUGGUAUUAAAGAGUCUGCAAAUUUGGUUUUCUUUACUUAAUCGCUCCUACAUUUAAUAAGCGAUUUGAUUUUCAGAUACUUUAAUUACAAUCGUAAAUGCACUCACCAUACUCGCUUUCUUGAUUAAGGGGGCCGCGACGCACGGGCUCUUGAUCCUACUCUGAUUCUAGCGCUCUAUUUUAGGUUACGUUCGUCCUGGCGGUUCAAAUUGCCAAGGCCUGAUUUCACCAACAGAUUCAUAAACCCUUUCACUAUGUUCACCCUCCAUCGACGCCUCAAAAUCCGAAUAAUCAGACCCCGAAAUAGAACUGCUUUCUCUCGAAGUACCAUCCGCCAUAGGUACACACGUCUGACGUGUAAGGUCACAUGAUCAAAAUCGAAGCGUUUGCGGCAUGAUGACUCACGAAGCUGCAUUUAGGACAGUUUUCCCGGCGAAAAAAGGCACAAAGAGGCAUACGAAACACCUUGUAUCUGUUUCAAUGUGUUACCCGAGGUAUUUAGACGGUAUUCCGAAAAAGUGACCUGUUAGCCGGCAGUUACCCUUUAAUCAUUUUAGCCUGAGCCAAUCAUACCUUUGAAAUGAUGCCUCACCAUUUAACCCUUAAACUCCCAAGAUCUGAAUAUUAAUUCUCCCCUCUAGUUGCUACACAUUUGCUUGUAAAUAAGUUACGAGAAGUUGGUGCUAAAUUAAGAUAAAAACUUCUACCUGGUACAUUUGAGUAUUCUCAUUACCUGUUUGCUGGAUAGUGUAUGGAUAUUGUAGGGAGAAGAUACUUGUUAAUCACCUCUUGGAUUAAAAGGGUUAACAAGAUAUUGCAUGUUGCUAUGCGUCUGUUCGGUAAUGCAACACAGAUGACGUCAAAACCAAGUGCUGACCUUUUUGUCCUACAUUUCUGACCUUAAACUACUCUUUUUUUGUCAUUGUUUCGCUCUUUUUUAGCAAAAUCGUUUUGGUCGGUGUUCAAGACGAAGGUUCGAGAUAUGCUUCAUCAGCGGUUAGUGCUCUUAGAAGACUAGGGGCUAGUGAUCCUGUUCUUGGAAGCUUACGGUCUUCUUUUGCAUUUGCUGGUUACGCGGGCACAGGAAAACCAGCCUGGAUGACACAACAAAAGAUACAGCAGUGGAAAGCGAGAUAUAAUGGGCCCAGUCAAAUAACUCUGAAAAUUCCCCUCUCAUCAAGUAUGUCAAGUCAGUAUAGUCUGUUGCACUUAUGACGUAGAUACCUUUAACCAACAGGUAAAUCUCUAAGAUCUCUUCGUCCUUCUUUGUUACUACAAGCUACCAAUGUACAUAAAUCGGUAAUAGAGCUUGAUCUUUGGGUUUCUAACUUGAUCGGCCGGUAUUCCGAAAAAGGUGUGCUUGUUAGUUAAAUUCAGCUCUCUUACUAAAUCUGAGUGAGCAUUGAUUGAGAGUGAAGCGAAAAGGUGAGAGAGGACGAGUUUCAUGGGCUGCAAGAAUGGACAUAACUACAUGCAGUGCGGAAACUUAUGGAAAUUUUUUCGUGCCCUCGAGCUCAAUGAAAAUAACCCCAAGUAACUUUUUCUUACUCGCAGGAGACUAUAAAUGUCAAAACCAAACUUUACAGGGACAAAAAGGCGUCAUUUACUCACCCAACUAUCCAGAUAUGUACCCAGAUGGGCAAUACUGCAUGUGGAGGAUCAUGGUGAAAGUAUCUUUUCAAGUGGCCUUAAUGUUUAAACGCUUCAGUCUACAAUCUGAGAACAACACGGACGCUGUUUAUGUGUACGAUGGCAAUGACCAAACAGGGAAGGUAUUAGGAGUGUUCUAUGGGAGUCAGCCCCCCCCCAGGAAUGGAAUUUAUUCUUCGUCAAACAGUCUCCUCGUAAUAUUCAGAUCAGAUAAGAAUGGUUCUUUCUAUGGGUUCCAAGCCUCUUAUAGCGCUGUUCAGUGUUCUGGUAAGAGUGUGUUGACUGAAAGUAUUACAAAAUUACUUAGCACAAUUUCAGAGUUUGAGAUGUAUCUUAAGAUAUCCCCUAAUAAAAAAUUGGGAUACAAUUGAACACUCUACAGAUAAAUAAUGCUUGAACUCUUCUGUUUGUUUAAUUGGCAGGAGCCCUUGGAAUGGAGAGUGGCGCGAUUUCUGAUGCCCAGAUAACUGCUUCUUCGCGAAUGAACAACAACAGCACACCAAGACAGGCGAGACUGAACUUCAUUGAACAGGGAAUCAAGCAAGGGGGGUGGUCGUCUCAUAAAAAUGAUCGUAACCAAUGGCUUCAGGCGGAUCUUGGCAGUCACACCACUGUGACAGGUGUGGCGACUCAGGGAAGGAACUCAACAAAAUGGCGGCAGUGGAUUACAACUUUCACGUUACAGUUUAGUUUUGACGGAGUGAUCUUCCAGUCAUACAAAGAGCCAGGGAAAAUGUCAGCAAAAGUAAAGUGUCUUUGAAUUAUCAUUCUAUGAAUUCAUUCUCUGAAUGGGUUUUCCUUACAACUCUCUUCUUAAGAGGUCCUGAAAAAGAAAAGAUUCCCCGAAACUUACCUACAUGUACCAUAACUUUAUAGUGUAACAUUGUCUGGCUUUUUUAGCUUUGCAUCGAUCAAUUAACACAGCUAAAAAUGUUGUGAUCAACAGCAUUGUGUCUGGGUUUGACUUGGCUAACUUUAACAUAAUCCAAAGAUCGAAAGGAAAAUUCGUUUUGGAAGAUAAACUCAAUUUUUUUGUUUGACAAAAUGUUGGCAUCAUUACGAAUCAGUGAAGUUUCGUCAUAAUCUGAUAAACCUUUAAAAUUACGAUGUAUGCAUAGGACCAAAUGACACUCAUUUAAGUUUAUCAGUCUUUCCAAAUUUUGUGUAUAUAUGAACUGUCCUGCGAAAGCGAGGUAUCUACUUGAGCUCAGCUGAUUUUGGUUUUAACUAUCAGGUACUUCACGCCAAUCAAGACAGUGAUACAGUUGUGUAUAACAAGUUGAUCUCACCAAUCACAGCUCGUUAUAUCAGACUUUUGCCAUUCACGUGGUACAACCAUAUAUCACUCAGAAUGGAGCUUUAUGGGUGUGGAGGUAUUUCAUGACAUGAUGGUAUCUUAGUUAGAAAAAAAUCACUUUUGGUGUCACAAAAGAAACACAACUGUUUAGUUUUUCUAGGGACGCCAAGAUGGGCGUAAAACAACUUUGAAAAGGCAAAAUUUAAUAUGCAAACAAAACAUAGUGCGAUUAGAACCGACAAAAGAGGCAGGAAAAGAGCCAAAAAAACCAAUGCAUCAAGAGAAAAUAGUGUACAAAACUGGUUAAUGAAAGAAAACCUCCUAAAAAAAUAAAAUGUUCGGAAUCAUGUUAACACGCCUUUCAUGUUUCUUCUAAAUUAUUUUCCUGUCAAGGAGCGGAGAGAAUCUUAGUAUCUUAUUUCACUUUUGAACUCUUGCUUAAAAUCUAUAUUUUGUAAAAAACAUAUACAUCAUUAGCCUAUGAUCUUUGAUCAUGCAAGAUUUGCUUCUAAAACUUGUACCCGACUUAUCUUCAUCCUGAUAGAUUAGAGGGAAAGAUUCUCGUUUUGAAAGGGAUGUUAUAGCACCUUUCUUGAGUUUCCUUUCUGAUUAAACCCAUUCAGGUUGUUCCUCACCACUUGGCAUGGAGAGUCAGGUUAUCUCCGAUGCCCAAAUAACCGCCUCCACCGAAUGGAAUAAUUACAAUUCUGCAAAAUUUGCACGGUUAAACUUGGGCGGCUGGGUUGCCAGAGCAGUUGAUCCUAGACAGUGGCUUCAGGUGGAUCUUGGAACUUACUCAAGCAUAACGAGUGUUGCAACUCAAGGAGUGAACCUACAGGGCUGGCGAAAAUGUUGGACAGCCAGUUACAAUCUGCAGUACAGCGACGAUGGAAUAACAUUUCAUUUUUACAAAGAACCUGGAGGAACUCUUCCAAAGGUAUAUCCAGAAAGUGGCAUUGAAGUGAAUUUGAAAAUGCCCUUGACUUAUCUUAAAAAAAUACUUUUUUUGGUUAUAUGAUUAUUGCGGUCUGAGCUGGGUUUCCUGAGAGAAGUUAACCACUAUGUUAUCUCCUUCUGCGUCAUGCCAUGUAGAAACCUUUUUAUUUCAAAGUCACUUACGCAGUCGUCACGGCAGUUAUCGGUGCAUGCUUCGUUUUAUUAGAGGGAGAGCACUUUCCCUCUGUUCUUUCUAUUCUUCUUCCACCAAACAAAAUAAGAGUUAAGUCUUAUUUGUAACAAUAGUUUGAAGAAGUACAAAAGUCGAUAAUAAGUUAUGUCAUGCUUCAUGAUCAUUUUACAGGUGCUUAGUGGAAAUCAAAACUUCCGCUCAGUUGUGUUAAACAAGUUGAGGCAACCAAUUACAGCUCGUUACAUUCGAUUCAAACCUUUACUCUGGAACUAUCGAAUUGGAAUGCGAACCGAGAUCCAUGGUUGCCUAGGUAUUGUCAAAAUAUUAUUUUAUUCAGGGCAUGUUGUCAAGAAUUUAUUUUCCUUAUGAAGAAGGAGGGGAGCUCUCAACAAGUUUGAGGCCUAACCGGAAUAGACUCUGUUAAAAGUUUGAUAUUUCAGAACUGUUUGAAAUUGUUUCACAUGUCACAAAUUUUUGAUUAUAGACUAAAGCCAUGCUAUCAAAUCAGUAAUUAAACAUACAUUUUUGCAGCUGCAAAAGUCAUAUAUAGUAUAACGAAUAAGGACUUGACUUCGUAGUUAUUUCUCUUGAAAAUAUGAAUUGCCUUUUUCUCGCUGGAGGAAAGCUCCUUCAAUUUUAGUAUCCUUUACCUGUCAUAGUGUACUCUCUCUAAUUUGUUCGUCAGUAAACUGAGGGUAUUCGUAACGGUGAUCGCGUGAUGUGAUCAUGGAAAUUGCGCUUAUGUUUGAAAAUUUUCAGUUGAGCCAGGACGCAUUUUUGUAAAGUAUCAAACCGUGAAAGACGCUUGGAAGCUAGAUUAUAUUUGCAUACUAAUGAGAAGCUUCUUGUCUAAUGAUAGACUUAUUUCAAAAUUCAUUCAUUACAGAAUGCACUGUCCCUCUUGGAAUGGAAAGUAGGUCGAUAUCUGAUGCGCAAAUCACUGCUUCCUCACAAUUGGAUGGAAACCACUCCGCAGUACAAGGCAGGUUGCAUUUUCAGACCGUGGGAAACAACGCUGGGGGGUGGUCGGCUCUUACAAGCGAUGCCAACCAAUGGCUUCAGGUAGAUUUUGGUAGUUACACUCAUGUGACCCAAGUGGCGACUCAGGGGGUGAACGGAGUUGAUGAAUGGGUGACCAGAUACAGGUUGCAGUUUAGUGAUAAUGGAGUGAUGUACAAGUUCUACCAAAAAACUGGGGACACUUCGGUCACGGUAAGGCUUAUCCUCAUUUAAGGAAUUUUAUCAACCGAGCUAACUUCCAAUAGACAUAAUUGUUUUCAUAAAUGAAAAUAUACAUCUGCAAAUACUGUAAUUUAAUGUUUGCACUCAGUAUGAACAGGACAUAACCACGGGUAAGAGACCAUGGAAGCACUGUUAGUGUGCCAACGCAAAUUUAUUUAUUUAUUUAAUUAGUUAUUCAUUAUCACCUGUUAUUUCAAGUGCAAUUCUGAAAGUAGAGCCGGCUAAAAAGGACAAACGAACAAACCAGCGAUAGAGUAAGUCGUCGCAAUUCAGACUUCAAAUUAGAUCUUAAUUUGACUGUGACAUUAAUAACGAUUUUCAGGAGUUUAAGGGAAACCAAGAUCGUAACGAGGUUGUGUAUAAUACACUUCGUCCGCCACUCAAAGCGCGCUAUGUCCGCAUAAUCCCAACACAAUGGAACAAAAAUAUCUCCAUGAGGAUAGAGCUCUUUGGAUGUCCAGGUAAUUGAAAACUAUUGGUGGCUUUUAAAAUAUUUUCUUAUUGGGUUCUUCUUAUCGUUUUUCACAGGACAUUGAUGUAAAGCAAAAUUACUAGAUAGUGAAAAGGUUACUAUUAGGGUUGACUCAAAUCUGUCGCGACGGUUUGUUGUUAACCGCUCCACGGACUAAAUGUCGACCAAAGAUCAUCCAGUUGGGGAACUACGUUAUAACAUACUUCUUCUGAAGCUUAGUGGAAAAGUUGUCGAUUACGUUCUUUGACUAAGCAUCAUCAUAACUGGCUGAUUUAAACGAAUUUAACCAUGACACGAUCAAACGUUUUUCGGAUCCGAGAUGAGGUCUUACUUGAGCCAUUGACAAAAUAAUUCAUAGGACGCUUCCUAAAAAUGAGAACUGUUUGAAUUUUUCCAAUUGAAAAUGAAGGAAUAAAUAAGUUCCUUAAAUUUCCCAAACUAAUCGCAACUUUGGUACAUUUACAAAGAAGCCUAUCCACAUAUAUACAAAUAAUAAAAUGAUAGUGUAGGAGAAUGGAAGGGAAAGAAAGGAAAGAUGUCCUCAGCGUUUUGUCGAAAAGUAUGAUUCGACAAAAAACACCAAAUUACAAAUCAUGUACUCAGGCUGGGAACUUCACCGAGUAAACUAAGUUAGGAUGAUCAAUUGUUGUUUUCUCCUUUAGAUUGCAUUGCACCCGCUGGUAUGGAGAGUAGACUGAUCUCCGAUGGCCAAAUCAGUGCAUCAUCACAACUGGAUGAUAAUCAUGCACCACAACGCGCCAGACUGAACACCAAGAUAAGUGGAAUAAAGCAGGGCGGUUGGCUUCCUCUAACAAAUGACCGUAAUCAAUGGCUUCAGGUGGAUCUUGGUAGUUACAUUCGAGUUACACGAGUAGCGACUCAAGGGAGGGAUGGCUAUGACGAGUGGGUUACUUCCUUUCAGUUAGAGUACAGUAUUAACGAAAUCACUUUCAAGUCUUACAUGAAAAUUGGUGGUGGCAACCCCAAGGUACGCAGCGCCAACUAAUUCAAUGCAGAGCUGCCUUGAGAAUUAUUGUCGUAGUUAAAAUACUUCGGAAAUAAAUUUAUAUAAGAGAUUUUAUAACUCUAUCAACGCUUAUUUGCACAUGCAUGACAAAAAGUACAUAGAGAACAACUCAAGCGGCGUUAAUUUUCUCGCUAUUGUUGCGAUGUAACGAAUUUGUAUCGAGCAAAGGAAAGUGGCUUUUUGACCCAAUGAGAGCAAAGGCCAUCACUCACUGUAGAUCUCAAGGGAUGGUUUCCAGCCAAAGAACCUCACGAAUAAUCGAGUAUUUUCCUAAGCUGUACAAACUUCCACUACAGUGUGUCAUUCAAAUAUAUAACAAAAGGCAGACGCAGAACUCUUUUCUUUCAUUGUUAAUCAUCCGCAAGCCUUACGCAUCAUUUUUCCUUGAUGCUUUCUGUGUUUUUCUCGCUUAGAUAUUUCCCGGAAAUGGUGAUAGUGAAACUGCUGUUUUCAACAUUCUUAAACCUCCAAUCACAGCACGAUACAUAAGGAUCUUACCCAUAGCGUGGUAUAAAAACAUAGCGAUGAGAAUAGAGAUCUACGGUUGUACAGGUAACGUUUUAACAGUAACAAAUGAUGCCAAUAAAAAAUCAAAUAGGGGUGCCUUUUAACAGGCCUUUUUUACCUCAUGGUAUGACGUUAGUCGUACUGUAAGUUUUUAUUAUGGAAGGAAAAUUCACUCAUUCACUAACUCACUAACCCUAUUCUCUGAUCUGUUAGACAAUUAAUGUAUGCAUUAAAACUUUGAGUAAAUACGUCAUCUCCUACCUCCCCGUAUUAAGCUUACCUUUGUCCCCAAUAUUAUGCUAUUGUCUUCUGUUCAAAUACCAAGGGCUUGACACUAGGGGCGAAUUUUUGCCUGAGUACACGGAGUUAUCAGCAAAGUUCAAAAUGGCUGAAAUGAUCGGGCUGAUUUUUCUUUCUUUUCGCUUUCUAUCUUCAUUUGGUCGCGCCGCGUGAGCAAUUAUAAUUCUUGUCUUCAAAUUGAUUUUCACGUAUCUCUUAACCAUAUGUUGCUGUUUUAAGGUUAUGAUUUCAUUUAUUUUACCUUUAUAGCCGAUUUUAUUCUUUCUUCAAGUUGAUUUUGCGUAUCUGUUGCGGCUAUAUUUUAGGCUUAUUUAUCAUGUUUUGAGAUUUUGUUGAUUUCAUUUAAUUUGAUCAUUCGCCUUGCGAGCUACUUCAUUACUAGGGAGUAAAUCUUGCUUGUGCACGGAUUGAAUUUGCCAUCGUGUACAAAUAGUUUUGUCACUGACUGUGAAUAUAUGAAAAUCAUAUUUGUGAACUCCGGUUCAAUUAAGAAAUUUAUAUGAAUACUUUUGUUUUAGUAAUGUUCAUUACUACCAAGAUCGCUUUAUAUUACAUUUUGUUUUCACUGUUUGGCCGUCAAUUUAUGUGAUUUUUAAUUAAUUGCCGUCUUGGUUUACUUUUGGCUCCAAGUUUUGGUGCUCUGGUUAACGCUUCUAAAUUGGUAAUUUAAGGGUGCAACUUGCGCUAUUGGAAGAAUAUGGCAAAGAUUUACAGUUCUCACCACUCAAAUGAAUAAUUAAGACAUACCAUGAGGUAAUUCCUCGAAGCCUUUGAUUUGAAAGUAUACCGGCGAAUAAAGAAUUAGUUUUGAAGUAAGAUGAUAAAUAGCAAAAAUUAUGCAGAUGCAAAUGCAACAUCGCUCAAGAAAGUGGAAUUACAGUCGGAUACCAAUAAACUAGAGCCUUUUCAAUUCACUUCUUUGACAUUAAUAGCUAUUAUUUUUACCAUCCUUUACGCUCUUUUCAUUUUCGCGACACUUCCAACGUUGUUGAUCCUAGCACGGUGGGGGACUCGUCUCAUAUCAACCUAAAAAUGGCGUAGCUCACCACAUAGUUCUCUAGAGCUCAGUAGCACAGUAUCGGAGCGAGAUAUAUAUAUAUAAAUCUUGAUUAUAGCCUAUCCUUAUAUAUGCGAGGUUCUGGAACUCGAUUCUUCGAAGAAAACCCAGACCUUUUCUCUUUUCCAAGCUCCUGACGAGCCGAAUGACGUCUUACUCAAUUAAUUUAUGUUCACUUAUUUCAGUGUGCAGCACACCUCUUGGAAUGGAAAGUGGGGCAAUCAAAGAUGCACAAAUAACCGCCUCUACAAAGUGGGAUGACAAUCAUGCCCCAUCAAGGGCCAGGCUGAAUUGGAAGUUGACUGGAGUAAAGAGAGGAGCCUGGUCAACUCUUAUACUGGAUCUCAAACAGUGGCUUCAGGUAGAUCUUGGCAGCUAUACCAUUGUGACCGGUGUCGCGACUCAGGGGAGGAAUGCACCUCGAUUACAGCAGUGGGUGACCAAGUACAGGUUGCAACACAGUACUGAUGGAGUGAACUUUCAUUUUUACAUAGAAAAAGGCGACAACUCAUUCAAGGUAUUUUCGUUUUCUUGGUUUUAAUGUUUGGUAACAGACAUGGGUGAUAAAGAGUGCGAAGGCCAGCCACGGUAAUGAUGUUAUAGAACUUGUACCGGAGCCAAACAAAAUUUACUAAUUCUAAAUGCAAUACGUUUUCCAGAGGAGAAAAAAAAACAUUCAACUAUACGGAAACAUCCGAAAAGGUGAAAAAACUGAGAAAAGAAUCAAAAGCUAACUUUAGAGAUCAUGGUGAACUAUGGAAGCAGGAUUGAAUAUUUGACGAUCCAACUAAAUUAAAGGUGUCAAAGGCGAGGAGAUUUGAGAGGAAAAAUUCCAGCCGAAAAUGCUUUGAGGUUUUCCAUCAAAAUUAAAUUUCCUUCUUAGCCACCUUAAAUAAAAAAACAACUCCGGAAAAAUUAAUUCUCCAUAGUAAAUCGAUUAAGAUUCGUAACAAGUUAAACUUCGUUCAUCUUCUGAAGAAUCAAUCCGGUUAUAAAAGACUUCUCCUCGGCUCUUUAUUGAGUUCCAGAAGUCAGCAUAAAUCUACUUGUCACAAUGUCUCCAAGGAAUGAGAGAUGAUGGUAUUCUUUUCAGGUGUUUAGUGGUAAUCAAGACCGAGACAGUAUUGUUUACCACAAAUUGGCAAGGCAAAUUACGGCUCGUUACAUCCGGUUCAUUCCAGUGGAAUGGCGAAAUCACAUCUCUAUGAGAGUGGAAAUCUAUGGCUGCGCAGGUACAUCGCGGUGUAUCUCAUUGUUGCUGUUGUAGUAGUUGUAUUAAUUUGUACCUAUUUCAUAUAUAUUAGUUGUGAACUUAAUCUUUCAAAGUGUUAUUCGCAUUAACUUCAAUAAUGUAAUAUUUAAGGUUGAAACAUUCUGCAUAAAAUAUAAUGGCUGAAAGAAAUGUCCUAACUACAUAUUACAUGAAGUUGAGAAUUAGAACUAAUAUACAAAUUAGCAAAUGCAUUUAGGGCAGCUCUUGUAGACCACAUCUUUAAUUACGUCUUUCAAUUUCCUAUCAAAGCAGGUUUCAAUCGAUUAUUGAUAGCGAUCCUAGACUGCAUAAUAGCAAAUCGAAGAUUGGUUGGCUCGUUCCAGCAAAUAGAUAAAGCACCCCAUUUGCUUUUUCUUCUUCCUCUCACUCUUUCUCUUUUUCUUCUUUAUUUUACUUCUUCUUCUUUUCUCUUAAUUUUUGCCUUUUUUUUGAAAACAACCCAGUAUGCUUUGAACCGCUUGGCAUGGAGGAUGGAACGAUCACUGAUGUCCAGGUCACUUCUUCUUCGCGACUGGAUGACAACCAUUCACCAAGUCAGGCCAGGUUGAAUUUUAAAGAAGAAGAAAAUAAGGCUGGGGGAUGGUCAACUCAGCCAAACGACGAAAACCCAUGGUUGCAGGUCGAUCUUGGCAGUUAUACUAGAGUGACGCGUGUGGCGACUCAAGGGUUGAAUGCCAAAGACGAAUGGGUGACCAAAUACAAGUUACAAUUUGGUGACGAUGGAAAAAACUUCCAGAAUUACAAGCAACAGGGUGACAACGAAUGGACGGUAUGUCUUAGUUAGAUGUCACAUGCGUGUGAUGGACAAGAGCAAUAUCCAAAGGCGAGAUAGGGGACAACUCUUUCAAUCCAUACUGUUCGCAAAAAAUGCAAUAAUUUUGAAACAUCCGUAUAUUUUUCUACUUUUUUGAAAUUUUACUUUGACUCACAGUUUGACUCUGGUUACAACUGAAAGGUAAGGGCCUUUUAAGGGCAGUGUUUGUCACUUUCGAGGGCCCUUCCAAAAAUAGACUUAAUCCAUACCGCUUACAAUUUACAGGAGCUGAAUGGGAAUAAAGAAAGUGAUACCAUUGUGUAUAACAAUCUGAAUCCUCCAACCACAGCAAGGUUUAUACGGUUUAUACCAAUCAGUUGGCACAAUAAGAUUUCCAUGAGGACAGAGAUCUUUGGCUGUCCAGGUAUGGCGAUUAUUGAUCUAGAUUUUAGAAUCCGCUGGCCAAAAAACGUCAGAAAACAAUUAACUAGAUUGACUGAGAAGCGUAAUAGGACUUUAAAAUCUGCUGUCAAAUUUUAAAGACAGUCUUUCAACCACAGGCAUAUACCAGCAAGUGAUAACAUUCUCUCAGCCACAGGCAUAUACCAGCAAGUGAGAACAGUCUUUGCGUCGCAACAUAAUUUCUCGUUCAUCAUAGAUUAG